AUGUCGUUUGAAAGUAGAACUUAGCUAUAAAUAUUAAGAUCACUAAAUUUUCCAACGAACAUAACAGACAUCGUUAUAGACAAUAAUGAAUUAAGAGUUUAUGCUGUAGGUGUAGGAGGUUUUAUAGUAGCAUAUGAUAUACAAAAUAAAUCAAAUAUUUAAUAAGUAGGCAUUCUUAAUACUUAAUCAGUAACAGCUCACUCUGUUUUUGUUUCCCCUGAUGAUAAUUGGCUUUUUAUAGCAAAUGAUUAAAAAGGCCUUUUCAUCUUAAAGAUCAUUAUUAAUUAAUAGCAAAAUCCUUCUUAAAUUUAAAAAUAAGACUAAUACUAAUUGAAUUUUCACUUAAAAGCGUACGGAUUAAGUUAUUGGAAGAUAGUAGAUGUGGUUAUUACUGAUUCUAUGGAUUAUAUUUAUUGUAUAGAUAACUGGUAUGGAAUUUUUAUUUAUGAAUUUUCUAAUUUAGUCAAUUCUGUUUCCUCAGAAAUACCUUAGGAAAUUUAAUUCAUAAAUAUUUGGCCCUUUACCAAAAUAAAUCCUUCAACUUACUGCUUAACUCUUUUGUAAAAUAGCAGAUAUUUGGCAGUUGGUGUUAGGUCUUAAGGUGUUUUUAUAUUUGACAUCUAAAAUAAAAUGUUACCAGUUAUAUACCAACAAAUUUCUGUUUAAUAAAACUCAUUCUCAAUUGCUGUUUCGAAGGAUGAAAAUUAUUUAUACUACUCAAAUGCAAAUUCCCUUUUGGUAUUUGAGAAAGUUAAACCAAAUUUAAAUCUGAAUUUCCCAAAUUUAUUUAAUGUUCAGUAAUCUCUUUUUAUUUAAAUAUCAUCAGCAUACUACAAAUGGCGAUGUUACUGUAAAGAUUUCGAUGGUUAAAGCUAUUUUUUUGGAGCUUUUGACUAAGAAGGAUUAUUUAUAUACAAUGUCACAGAUCCAUACAAUUUCAAGCCAAUUUAUAAAAAUAAAUUUAAUAACUCAUUAGUUGAUUCUAUAGCGUUUGCUAGCAAUUUCAAAUACAUGCUGCUUCCAAUAUAAGAAAAUAACACUUCAAUUAUUGCUUAUGAUAUUUCUGUUUUAGAUAACCCAUAAGAAGCUUUUAGAUUGACAAUGGAUCAAUUAAAUCAUGAUGAGGAUAUUUUUAUAACUAAAGAUGAAACUUUAAUUGCAUUGAGCUUUGACGAUGGAGUACUUCUGAUAUAGUAUGAUUUAUCAGAACUUCAGCUUCUCGAUUAUUGGAAAAAAUUUGGUUAUAUGAUUGGAGAGAAUGCUGGUGUUAUGAUAACAAAUGAUAAUUAAUUUCUUAUAGGCUGCGUAAGAGGAUAUGGUUACUAUGUUUUGAGCAUUCAUUUAUAAAAUAAAUAAAAUGUAUUAGUGUGGGAAUACACUUUACAAACUUUUGGUGGAGAAGGAAUAAUUCCUUCUAAGUAUUACAACAACUAUGCGUAUAUCUAUGAUGGAUUUAGAGGAGUAGGAGUAAUUGACACAACUGCUCUACCAAUAAUUAAAGUCAUUAGCAGAGUUUAGUUGUAGGGGUGGUCUAAUCUAAUUGUACCUAUUUUAAAUGAAGAUUUCUUAUUAGUAGCAUAAAUUGAAUCUGGAAUGAUUUCAUUGAUUGACUCAAAGAAUAAAACUAAUAUGAUUCUUAUAUCUUAGCUUUAGUAUCAAAGUUAAACAGCACAAUCUCUAUGUACCACUGAAGAUUAUUCAUAUUUAUUUGUGAACAAUAACCUUGGCACUUUGGUAAUUCCUCUAUAAAGUUAAAUAAUUAUUCAUACUUAGUUUUAGCAAAUUACUAAAGAUUAAAAUGGGGUUAACACUUAUUAAUAACUCGAAAGCAAUUCAUUUUAUGUAGGUUAAUUUAUAUAAAUGAGCUUCCUUAUUUUAUUUCCUAAAGAAGGCACUUAAAUAAUAGGAUUUUAAUAUUAUCAGAACGAAUUGAUUUACGAUACGCCUUAAUGGAUAUCAUUUGACAUUUUAAGCUAGUAAAUUACAUUAGCAUUAGAUAAAUAAGCAUUAGGAGCGUUGCAUCAAAAUAAAAAUGUCAAUAUAAUCUUGCUUAAAUUGGCUAUUCCUCUUCAAAAAUCUUCAUUUAUAUUCAAUUUAGAUGAUGGGUCAUCUACAUCUUUAGAAGACUCAUCCACUAUAUAUAGUAUAUUAAAGCAGCAAUAACUUAUUACAAAUGAUAAUUUUGUUUCAGAUAACUUUGAUUAUACUAUGGAUUUACAGAUUAGCUUGAAUGGCAUCCUCUUAUCUGAUAAACUGUAGAAAGCAAUAAGGCUUUAACUGUAAAAUAGUAUAUAUAUAAAUUAAAUAUAGUUUUUUGUGUCUUCUUCGCUUAUAUUAGAUCUAGAAGAUUCAAUUUAACCCAUUAAAUCUCUUAGCCAAUAGCUAGAAAUUGUGUUUUCAGUAGAUUCAGGACAGGGAAAGUUUAUUUUAAAUAAUUAUGAAGGAGUGAUAGCUUCAUUUUCUUAAAAUUAGGAAUAACUACAAAUAUAAGGAUCAUUAGGUAGUAUCAACAAGCUUUUAUUGAGCAAAAUUAUAUUCUUUUCAUAAAAAGAUAUGAAUGGAAUAGAUGUUAGUAUUUAAAUUUUAGAUUCUUUAAAUUAUCCCAUAACUUAAGUUGUUAAAGCAGCAAAAUGUAAGGUACUAAAAUAAAAAUACUAAAUUAGAAAUAAUUAAUAGGAUGGUCUAUAAGCUCAGUUUAAUAAAAAAUAUUCAGAUGGAAUAAUUAACAUUUCAGAACUUUUUUAAAUUGAUUUCUCGUCUGAUACCUUUAUAGAUUAAGAUUCUACUUCAAUUACUUAUGAUGGUUUUAUUGUUAGCGAAAGUGGUGUCUAAAAUUAAAUAUAGUUUUCAACAUGGAUUUAAUUUAAAGAAAAUAGUGGAUAAAUUUCUAUAUAAGGAACUCCUGGUUCUUCACUUUUAUAUUAAAAAUUUAGGAUAAGAAUAAUAGCUGAUGAUGGAUACACUUAAGCAACUGAUGAAUUUGUUAUUAAAAUUUACGGUAUUCCAUUUACAAUAGUGAUAAGUAUCCUUAUUUAAAUUUUAGGACCUUUAGUUGCAAUUAUAAAAAUAUAUACUUAUAGGUUUUUUAUACUCAACUUUUUCUACAAAAAUAAAGUGACUUUUUCAAAUGAAACAGUGAAAUGUGGUGAGAUUUAUAGCAAAAGAUUCAUAAUUAUGGGGGAUAAUAUGGCCAAGUGCUUAAAUUUAUUUAAAGGGUUUAUUAUUUAAUACAACAAAAUCGCUAAACCAAACUAAGGGAUAUAGAAGUUAAACUAAUAGCGAAGUUCUAAUUCUGAAAGUUUUAUUUCAAUUACUAAGUAAAAUAAAAUGAUAGAUGCUGAAAAAGAAUAUGAUGAUAAUUAAUAACACUAAUAAUAACAUUUAUCAUAAAAUUAAUUAAAAUAGGAUAAUCUACUUUUAAAAAUUCAGAGAAUUUUAAAUCAAGAAAAUAAUAAAACUAAGCAAAUACAAAAAAUUUAAUCAUAGUAAAUAAUAGAAAAAUAAUUUUCUAAAUUAGAUUCUAAAUUCAUAGACGCAAUAGAUGGUAGCAUAAAAUGUUAAAUUAUUAUUAGUUAUAUUAAAUAAUCAAAUCCAUAAUUCAGUAUUUCUGGAAAAGAUUACUCGAUUAAGUCUUUUGAUUUAGAUUUUAAGAAUAAAAAUUCAUUUAUUUAUAAAGGAAUAGAAGCAUUGUCAGCUCGUUUCUUUUUGAAAAAAGAUAACUUAUCACAUUUAGUAUACUAACAUCUGAAAAGAUAAUCGCUAAAAUAGGGCAAUUACAAUUUUAAUGACUGGUAUAAAUAAUAUGUAUAAAUUUAGUAUGAUGAUAAUAAUAAAGAUUGCUUUGGAAAAUAAAUUCCAUUUCCUAAUCUUACUUUAAAAACAACAGCUAUUGAUUAUGUUUUAUAAUCAAUUUAAAAAAACAUAAAUUCUAACAAUAGUAAAUAAUAUGGCAUAAAUUUAAGAUUAAUAUAGUCAGUUUUGUUUGCUGAUACACUUGGACUUGUAGGGUUUCUACCUUAAAAAUUAUCUCCAUGUAUAGGAGAAUCUAUACAUCUACAUUCUUACUAAAUCCAUGGGAUAUAAGCUUACUAAGAAAUCCUACAUGGUCGCUGUUUAAAUUUAAAGAAACUGUUAAAAAUAAACUAUAAUUAAUAUGGAACUUCUAAAAAUAGAAGUCUUCCGAACUGGCUAGAAAUGGAGCAUAAAAGCAAUACUAUUGAACUAAUUGGUAUGCCUAUGUCCUAAGACACUGAAGAUAUCCAAAUAAGAGUUACAGAUUCAAAUAAUUUUGUCAUUAAACAAUUUACUCUAUCUAUAAUAUAAUCUGAUUCUUUGAUUUAAAGUAAAUAAACUAAUGAUUUAGAUACAACACUUAAUAGGUAAGAUACUCCAAACAUAAAUAAACCAGAAUAUCUCGAUAUCCCUACUAGGUACUAUAGCAGAAGUUUUACAAAAAAAUAAUAUGUAAACAACAAGAGAAGCUAAAAAAAGUAUAUUUUGUUUUGA